GUAAGACACUAGGCAUCCAAGCAACAAGCACAUCUUAGCCGCUGCCGCGCGUGCUUGCUACUAUUUUAUACUAAGGACUGCGUUUUUACAUAUAACGGUACCGUGAACUCCUGCACAACCGUGGAAGCAUCGAACGCGUGCUCACAGACCUACAACAAGGACUGCCCCCUGGCUGGCUGCUUUGAGUCGCAAAGGUAUCAUCAUGCGCAUUGUCGCUGCGUACUUGCUGUGCGCCACGCAUGCAUUCGCACCGUCGACGCCAUCGCUGCGCGCGCCGACCGCGCUGCACGCCGAAAACCCCAUUCGCAAGUAUGGCGGCAGCGUCGUGCUAGGACUGCUUGGCAUCCAGAGCAUACGUGACCUCAUACUGGAAGUCCCGAAGCUCGGCUCCGACCAGGCGGACUACUUCGGUACGGCAAUAGACGUCGCGUUCACCGCCUUCGUCGCGACGCAGCUCGCGACCCAAAGCGGAGUGGCGCAGCCCGACGGCGGCGAGCCGUCGGCGGAUUUGGCGGGCCUCGACUUUAAGAUCACGAUGUCCGUCGGCCGCGAGAGCGGAACCUGGAUGGACAAGUCCUGGGCGGCGAGCGGCGCGCGGCUGUUGCUGCCCUUGCAGUGCAGCUUUACGGGCGACGAGUUGGAUCUAGGCUUCCCGGGCGAGGAGGCGCUCGCGGGCCGCUACUGCCGGCGGCUCGACUGCGAAGGCGGCUCCUUUGUCGGGCCGGGCGGCACUGUUACUGUUGCGUGUGAUGGAGGCGGCUGGUGGGCCGCGCCGACGGGGCGGCCCGGCGAGCAGAGCCUGAGGUUCUUUCUGGAUUUUCCCGCGGGCGCCGAGCGGAACGACGUGAGCAUACCUCCGGGUCGGGUCUUCUUCUCGUCGGCACUUUUGAACGGUGACGCGGAUGACGCGUACGACGUGCCCGCCUCGGAAAUUUACGAGGCGCGGGGCGGCCUCAAGCUGCUCAAUUCCGGUGGGUUGACCAUCAAGAAGAAUACUUUACUGAAUCUGUGGGGCGCGCUCGGCGACGUGAACCUGAUCCUGGGGAGGUACUCGCUGAGCGGCGGUAAAACCGCGGAGGCCGCGGAGCGGACCGCGUCGGAAGCGUCACCGGAAUAAGAGUAGUACCAAA